CGCCGUCCAAUGGGAGCGGGCGCCCGGGCGUGGAGGGGCGGGGUGGAAGGAGACGACUCGGUGGCGUCGCGCGGAGGGGGCGGGGCCUGCAACGUCGGCCCGAACGAGGGGACGCAACGGAGGCAGGUCGGAGCCGCUGCCGUCGCCAUGACCCGCGGUAACCAGCGAGAGCUCGCCCGCCAGAAGAACAUGAAGAAGCAGAGCGACUCGGUUAAGGGGAAGCGCCGAGAUGAUGGGCUUUCUGCUGCCGCCCGCAAGCAGAGCGCCCCAUCAUCUCUACCCCCAGGGACUCGGAGAUCAUGCAGCAGAAGCAGAAAAAGGCAAACGAGAAGAAGGAGGAACCCAAGUAGCUUUGUGGCUUCGUGUCCAACCCUCUUGCCCUACGCCUGUGUGCCUGGAGCCAGUCCCACCAUGCUCGAGUUUCUUCCUGUAGUGCUCACAGGUCCCAGCACCGAUGGCAUUCCCUUUGCCCUGAGUCUGCAGCGGGUUCCUUUUGUGCUUCCUUCCCCUCAGGUAGCCUCUCUCCCCUUGGGCCACUCCUGGGGGUGAGGGGUUACCCCUUCCCAGUGUUUUUUAUUCCUGUGGGGCACACCCCAAAGUAUUAAAAGUAGCUUUGUAAUUCCUUGA